AGAUCUGAUUCUAGAGAUUCUUACAACUUAGCUCGUGCUUCUUCAGGUAAUAAUAAUAACAAGAAUACACUCUUUGACGCAUCUCAAUAUGAGUUCUUUGGUCAAAGUCUUGAAGAAGUUGAAUUGGGAGGUCUUGACGAUGAUGCUGCUCUUCUGGGACACGCCGAUGAGGAAGAGUAUCACUUGUUUGAUAAAAGAGAGGGUGCAGGUUUAGGAUCUUUAUCUGAAAUGGAUGAUCUUGCCACAACUUUCGCAAAGCUGAACAGAGUUGUUACAGGACCCAAACACCCUGGAGUAAUUGGUGAAAGAGGAUCAGGUUCUUUUUCAAGGGAAAGUUCUUCUGCUACAGAUUGGACACAGGACAAUGAGUUCACAAGCUGGUUGGAUCAGCACAUGCUUGAAGAACAAGCUCAGGAACCUAUCUGGUCUUCGCAGCCACAAUCAUCUCCUAACUCAAAGCCUUUGUACAGAACAUCAUCGUAUCCUGAGAAGCAAACGCAGCUGCAGCAUUACAGCAGCGAACCGAUAAUUGUACCGGAAUCUACGUUUACUUCUUUCCCUUCCCCUGGCAACAGAACUCAACUGUCUUCACCGAGCCAUAUCCACCGUGCUCCUUCUCUCCCUGGUCGUAGCCACUUGAACUUCUCUGCUCCAAAUGUCUCUCUUCUGUCAAACUCUACUCUCCAUCUUUCUGGAAUGUCACACGUGACGCCGCAUUACAGUAAUAAUCUGGCUAGAUAUGCCUCAUGUGGUCCUACUCUUGGUAACAUGGUGCAACCUCCUCCUCCUCACUGGGUGACCGACCCGGGACUUAUCCACGGGGAUCACACCGGACUGUUGCACAGCCUCGUGCAACAGCAGUUGCCUCCUCGGAAUGGUUUUGCUUCACAACAGUUUGUUUCUCUUCACCCAAGACAAUCUCUAGCUCAUCUUGCUGCGUUACAGUCUCAGCUGUAUAGCUCCUUUCCUUCGCCAUCACAUAAAGUGCCUUUCGUGGUUAGUGAAGUUAAGGAACACAAACAUAAGUCGUCUCAUAGAAGCCGUAAGAACCGAGGCAUCAUCUCCCAACAGGCGUCGGAUUUGUCUAGCCAGAAAAGCGAAAGCGGUUUGCAGUUUAAGUCAAAGUACAUGACAUCAGAAGAGAUAGAGAGUAUUCUCAAGAUGCAGCAUUCCAAUUCACACAGCAGCGACCCUUACGUCAAUGAUUACUACCACCAAGCCCGGCUUGCGAGAAAGUCCGGCGGGUCUAUAACGAAGCCGCCUCAGUUCUAUCCAUCUCAUUUGAAAGAUCACCAUUCUCGGUCCCGGAACAGCUCAGAUCAGCAGCCACAAGUUCACGUGGAUGCUCUUGGAAAGAUUACACUUCCUUCUAUAAGCAGGCCACGAGCUUUACUCGAGGUUGACUCUCCUCAUAAGGGAUCUGAGAAACAUCUUGAGCAAGAACCUCUUGUUGCUGCUAGAGUCACCAUUGAGGACGCUUUCGGAGUUCUUAUCGAUAUAGUCGACAUCGAUAGGACUCUCCAAGGUAACCGGCCACAAGACGGAGGGUCUCAGCUCAGGAGGAAACGGCAGAUACUCCUUGAAGGAUUAGCUACAUCGCUUCAGCUCGUUGAUCCCUUCAGCAAAACCGGCCAGAGAACAGGGUUAACCGCAAAGGACGAUAUCGUCUUUUUACGCAUAGCGCUGCUUCCCAAGGGCCGGAAACUGCUCGGACAAUAUAUACAGCUUCUUGUUCCGGGCACCGAGAUCGCUCGGGUCGUCUGUAUGGCUGUAUUCCGCCACCUCAGGUUUCUUUUCGGCAGUUUGCCGUCAGAUAGCGUCGCGGCGGAGACGGUAGCUGAACUUGCUAAAGCGGUUACGGUUUGCGUUCAGGCGAUGGAUCUACGAGCACUGAGUGCUUGUCUUGCAGCUGUUGUUUGUUCUUCAGAACAGCCUCCUCUCCGUCCUAUAGGAAGCCCUUCUGGUGAUGGAGCUUCCGUUGUCUUGGUGUCUCUUCUUGAAAGAGCUGGUGAAGUAGUAGCUGCAGUUCCACGUGUCAACAACCAUGGGAACUCCAAUGAUGGACUCUGGAGAGCUUCGUUUGAUGAGUUCUUCUCGCUUCUUACGAAAUACUGCAGGAGCAAGUAUGAGACGAUCCAUGGUCAGAACCAGGACGACGCGGCUGCUGAUGUGUUGGAGCUAGCUAUAAAGAGGGAAAUGCCCGCUGAGCUUUUACGUGCGAGUCUACCUCAUACCAAUGAAGACCAACGGAAUUUUUUACUGAACUUUGGUCGGAAAGCAUCGCGGGUUAGCGAGUCGACAGCUUGUGCAAGGGGUGGUCAGAUUAACUAUGAGUCUGUGAGAGGUUUGUGCGUUUUAGAG